AUCAAAGAGGAUUCUGUCUUUUUGAAAAUUAAAAAAAAAAAAAAAACAAAAGAGGGUCAGAAAUAAAAGAGUCCUUGUAAGAGGCCGAAAUUGAGGGAUCUGUGUGUAAAGAUUGGGCUUUUACGAAAAUCAUAUUUUGGUUGCCCAAACCACAAAUUAGAUAAAAGAUAAAAGAGAUCAAGCGGGCAGCAGAGCAAUGGCAACACCCACCGCCAAAACCCGGCUGAGUUUCUGCAAUAUUUUGACCCGACCCGCCACAUAGUAUCGGGCUAAAGAACAAAUAGUCCAGUCGCCCGGAGAUUAGCAAAUUACGGUAGGCAGAGAGAGGCGUUUGGACUUGGGCCUGGAAGCCUGAAAUCGACUAACACAGCCACGCAUGGAGGAGACAGUAGAAACCCUAGAGGGGCGUCAAGGAUCGCUCGCAGCUCCUUUAAUCUUCAUGAUUGUAAUUGCUUUCCAGUUUCUCUCAAGGGGGCUUGAACACCUGAAGAAGAAUGCAUCCAUGAGGUCUGCAGAGACCAACUUACGUGGAGAGAUAAAGCAGCUCUUGAAAGAGGCAAGCUCCUUGUCACAGCCCUCAACAUUCGCUCAAGCUGCGAAACUUAGGAGAUUGGCCGCUGCUAAGGAGAAAGAACUGGCAAAUUAUCAUGAUUCACAAAAAAAGGAGAUGAAAAUAUCAUGCGAUCUGUAUCUUAAAGUUCUGUUCAUCACAAAGGUUGUAACUUAUUUUGUGCUGAUAUGCUGGUUUUGGAGGGUUCCUGUUGCCAUUAUAUCACAGCAACUCGUUCAACCCUUUGGGAGGAUUUUAUCUUGGAGGGGUGGAGGAAUCUUAAAUGGCAAUGUUAUGGUUGGAAUUAUACCCUGGUUAAUAUUAUCCACCAGGGUUAGCAAAUUCAUUUGUCAACUCUUCAAAAUUUAGUAUUCAAGUGAUCUCAAAUGUAUUGGAGUUGGGAGAAAUUUUGAAGCAUUUAUGUGUUUGGUAAAAUUAGAGUUAAGCUGCCAUCAAUGGUUUUUCUCGGCCUGAGAAUUCCUGUGCUGUGAUUCAUAGCUAUGUGCUUGAAGUGAAGAAUAUUGUUCAGAGAGAUUUACAUAAAAAUAAGAAUUAUCCUUGCUGGUUGAAGUGGACAGCUCCUAGGGAUGGGUUUGUCAAGUUGAACAUUGAUGGUUGUUUUAGGAGUAAAUUUGGGUUGGCUGGAGCGGGUGAAGUUAUAAGAGACUCUAAUGGUCAUUGGAUUUAUGGGUUUGUUGUUAACCUUGGGAAAUCUAGCUGUAUUGCUGCUGAAGCCUGGGGUAUGUUCCAUGGGUUGGGACUUGGGAGAGCUGAAAUUCAGUGAAGUCCAAGUGGAAUCUGAUUCAUCUUUGAUUGUCUCUUGGAUUGCAACUGACUUGGAGAUCUGACAUCCUCACUAUGGAAUCAUCGAGAACAGAAGAGAAAUUCUCAAGCAUCAUCCGUAAUUUUCAAUCUCUCACAUCUUUAGAGAAUGCAAUGUAGUAGCUGAUAAGCUUGCCAGUCUGAGUUAUAGUUUUAGUUUUGGAUUUCAUGGUUUUGAGAAACCUUCUGAAAGUGUUAAUCUUUUGUUGUA